GGCGGGAGGUGAGAGCAGAAAGGAAGCGCCAUGGUCCGCCCCUUAAACUCCAUAGCCGCCGUGUGCCAGAACAUGGGCAUCGGGAAGAACGGAGACCUCCCUUGGCCCCGACUCAGGUAGUGCGAUCCGGGCCUCUUCGUCCUCUAGCGAGAGCUGCGCAAAUGGACUACAAGUCCUAGCAUGCCAUGUUGCCAUGCCUAUGGGCCGGUUGGCUUGAGAGGGAGCGUGGCAUGCCGGGAUGUGUAGUCUGCGGGGAGGGGGUGUUGGCGCCGCGAGGCAGGAGAGCGGAGAUUCAGCGAGACUGCGUGGGGCCUUUCGCCUUUGGGUGUCUGAAACCAGACAGGAAUGAGUUUCAGUAUUUUCACAGAAUGACUGUGACAACCACUGUAGAAGGUAAACAGAAUGCAGUGAUAAUGGGUAAGAGGACCUGGUUCUCAAUUCCUGAGAAGAAUCGCCCCUUAAAAGACAGAAUUAAUAUAGUGCUUAGCAGAGAGCUCAAGGAAACCCCAAAAGGAGCACAUUACCUUGCCAAAAGCCUGGAUGAUGCUUUAGUUCUUCUGGACUCACCAGAGUUAAAAAGUAAGAUAGACAUGGUUUGGAUCAUCGGAGGCAGUUCCGUUUAUAAGGAAGCAAUGGACAAGCCAGUUCACCAGCGAUUGUUUGUGACAAGAAUUUUGCAGGAGUUUGAAAGUGACACAUUUUUUCCAGAAAUUGAUUUGAAGAAGUACAAACAUCUCCCAGAAUAUCCAGGAGUCCCUGCUGAUGUCCAGGAAGAGAAUGGCAUCCAGUACAAAUAUGAAGUGUAUGAAAAAACUGUUUAGACAUAGUUAAUUUGAGGUUUAUUGCACUAAUGCAUACUGUCAACAUACAUUAAAGUUUCAUUAUUUAUACAUUUUGUAUAGGUACCAGAGAAACCACAAUUCUUUCUGAGUCUAGGCAGCUGCUCGAAAGCACGUUCAAGUUAAUGGAAAGACUCCCAUUGACCUCAAGGGGCUUUGAUCUGACCCAAAGCAUAGGGAAAUAACUAUGGUAUCUCCUACCUUGUGUAGUAACUAAAAGUAAAUUUUAACUUUUGUAAUGGCAGCCACAGCGCUAUAUUACACACUAAACAAAUAUACUUUAUCUGUUUAAAAAUCUUCUGGUAUGGAGAAGGAUGCUUUCUGCCAUAGCCAUAUCUUACUUGAAUGCUGCUGCAAGAGGUAGACAGUCUUAACCCUUUUGGCAAACUGGUCCAUUCAAAACUCCACACACAAAAAAGUCACCUCAGUUAAUCAGCAUUCAUCAGCAGAGGAGAAACUGACAAGUUAUAGUAGUAGAUAAUUCCAUCGUAAGAUGUACACUGUAGAUAUGGGUCUGGCUGAAGACAAUUAGGGGUCCUGUUCAACCCUCCUUACUCUGAAGUUAAUGAGAGAUUUUCCUGAGUAAGGAAUGCUAACUAAGGCCAGAUCCAAAACCCACUGGAGUCUAUGGAAAGACUACCAUUGACUUCAGUGGACUUCGGCUCAGGUCCUGUUACCUCUAGAGAUAGCAUUUGUGUUUGUGAUUUAAGUUCCAAAUACCAUAUAUGUUCCUUGGUAAAUAGGAUCUUACCAUAAAGGCAGUGAGUUCAGAAAUGAAUUUGAGACCUCUGUUCUCCAAGGUGACAAAUCUUUUUAAUGUGGGUGAACAUUCCUUAGUAGAAGAUCUGUAGAACAGAACUGACAAAACUUGAGUAUGAAAAGAGAAUUUACAUACCAAAACCAAGGUGGGUGACAGUUCCAGAAACUAAUUUGAAGUUGCCUAAUACAAAAUAUCAUAUAAACUUACAUAUAAACUCAACAUAAUCAAUGUAUACACCAUUCUUUUCACUCAUGGUUUAUGUAGUUACCAAAAACCUGAGUGGAAAAAUACAGCCUUGGUUUGUAUAGUUGAGUAUAAUUUUUAUAAGCCAGAAACCUGAUGGUUCAAUUACUUUUUUUUAAUCUAUUAGCUGGGGAUAUUCUGGAGUAAAAAUAUGCUAAACAGAAUGACGUGUGCCAAGGUAGAAAAAUCAGUGUUGAUAAGAAAGUGUCUAAUCUGUCAUAACAAAGUUGGAUAGUAUUUUUCAGAAUUUUAAAACAGGAGCAUGAAAAAUCAAGUUAUGGUCAAAGCAGCCCCCAUAAUUCCUAUCCUGAGCUAUCACUAGAAUUUUUUUCCCCAUGCAUGAGAAUCAGGAGAAAAAAACUAAAUAGGCUACAUUUCCAAAAUGCAAUUUCAGUUUUUUAAAAAUAUAAAGGCUGCUCUUGUGUGGAGCUGAGAGAUGCCGAGGUGUUACAACUCACUGACUUGAACAGGGAUUGAAGACAGCACUUCAGAACCUCUGAAAAUUAGACCAUUAGUUGCAGAUCUGAAUAUAAGCACGUCCUGUAAUGUACUAAGUGCUCCCCGCGCAGCUUGAGUGCCCUUACCUCCCAUUCAAUUAAAUUAUUACUUUUAAGCUGCUGAGUGCCCUUACGCUGAAAGACCAAGCUCUAAGCAAGGAACAUCACAGAUAGUGUAUAAUUAGAUCUUUAACCCAUCACUUAAAUAAAAAGUAGCAUACCCUUCAGUUAGGUGACAAACAGAAUAAAGGAAGCAGGUAGAUGCUAAACAGAACCCAACCUAGUUUAACUGGUCAUUUAUUCUGGAAGACUUGAAUUGUGUUUUAAAAGUACAAGUAUUAAAACUUUGAGAACUUAUUGAAUCAAAAAGAUCAGUGUUAUGAAGUCAAUUUCUGAGCUUGAUUAUGUACAUUACAUAACUUAAAGGUGUGGUGGUGAGAAGUGGGUAAUUUAAGUCUGAAAGCAUAACGUGCUGAGAAAACACAAGCAUACUUACUUAAUAAUUCAUAGUGAUACGGAAGCUAGAGGCCUCGGGAAACAGCCUCAGGAAGGAUUCUGCAUAGAUAGCCUGUGUACUGUCCGUGCCCUUCCCCCUCCCCACCGUGACCCCCCAGCAUCAUAUGUUUACAGGCUGGAACCCUUGACUUGUUCUGAGUGACAGACCUGCCUCUCCCUCCACAUUGAAAAGUUCCAGGGAAACUGCAAGUCCCUAUCCUGUUGCCCACUCCUCUUCAUUUAUAGAAAUGAUCUGACCCUUUGUCUUUAAAUGAAAACAUAGUCAACCUAUAAUCAUUCAUUUUACUGUACUCUAUUGGCUUAUUUCUCCCUUAAUGGAAAAUACUCUUCUGUAAAUUAAACUGAUAAGAAGGAAGUUUAUCAUUUCCAUCGACUUAACUCAUGUAAUAUUUUUGAUCAUUUAUUGUUCCUAUAGAAAUUGCAUUGUCAAUUUGCCAUUUGGACUUACUACUGAAAUAAAAUCAAUUUUUAAUAA